AAAACAACUCGUUUGUAGUACCGAGUCGCCACUGAGUCGUUUUCUUGAGUCGGCUCACUGCAUUGAAGUUGUUUAAUAGGAAGAGUAAUAGAGGUCUGCAUCAGAUGAACUGGCCUACACCUGUUCCAAAUCCAGUUGAGAUGAUCUGGAGAGAAGAAUGAAGGAAAAGCAGACAACAAGCACUCAAUACCUCUGGGAACUCCUCUAGAUUGUUAGAAAACCAUUGCACGUGACUUCGUAAUGAAUCUGAUGGGAGAAUGGCAAGAGUGUACACAGCUGUCUUUAAAGCAAAAGAUAGGAUGUGAUUGAAGGCUUUCAUCAUGAAUCCUCACUGCGCGCGCUGCGGGAAAAUCGUCUACGCCACCGAGAAAGUGAACUGCCUGGACAAGUUCUGGCACAAAGGAUGCUUCCACUGUGAGGUUUGCAAAAUGACCCUGAAUAUGAACAACUACAAAGGAUACGAAAAGAAGCCUUACUGCAAUUCGUAUGUGCAUCCUGGGCACUACCCAAAGCAAACGUUUACGAUCGUCGCAGACACGCCAGAGAACCUGCGACUGAGGCAGCAGAGCGAGCUGCAGAGCCAGGUGAAGUACAGGAAGGAUUUUGAAGAGAGUAAGGGCCGUGGCCUCCGAUUUCUUGUAGACACACCAGAAGUGCAAAGACUGAAGAAAGCCCAGGAUCAGAUUAAUAAUGCUAAAUAUCAUCAGGAUUUGGACAUGCCAGGCUUGCACGGUGUCACUCCAGGCAUUAGAGGAACGUAUCUGGUGAGGGCACAGACGAGACCCGACCAUCAGAUGAUGCAGGGAAGCUGCAACACACACAGAGGUGUGAAUCAGUACUCCAUGGAGAUGGAUCGGAGGCCAGGAGUCAUUGUGGCCCCUGUCCUUCCUGGAGCUUAUUACCCAAGCGGGUAUAAUCAGGGACACAGCUACAUGCACCAGACCAGCAUGCACUCACUCAGGUCCAUGCAGCUGCAGUCGCAUCCAACAACCAUGAGUGUGUACAGGGCUUUGUAUGACUACAUGGCCCAAGACUGUGAUGAGGUCUCGUUCCGUGAUGGUGAUCUAAUCCACAACGUGCACCCCAUAGAUGAGGGUUGGAUGUUUGGGACGGUGCAGAGGACGGGCCGCUCUGGGAUGCUUCCUGCUAACUACGUGGAGGGCAUCCGCUAACCUGCUCAAGCCUUUUGACUCUUAACACCGUUCAAUGCAGAAGUUGUCAGGACCAAGUGCAUGUAAAUAGACAGAAUUUGGACUCUAAUUUAGUAGUACAGUUCAUUCUGAAAGUCUUUCAAAGUAAGGCUUUAUUUUCUUCCACUGCCUAGUGAACGCAUGCUACGAUUUUGUAUAAUAAUUUAAGUAUUAAAGCAAUAAGUUCUGCUUACAGCUUACAUUUAAAUACUUUUUUAAAAAUUGAUAUUGAUAUUCAGUCUGCACCAGUAAUACUAGAGAAUUUUUAGAAAAUGUAAAAAAAAUUAAUUGUGCACACAAAAUUUAUAACAAUUCACCAAACUUUUCAUGGCUGCAUCUUUAAAGUCCAUACACAGGCUUAAGCAAUAACAUACAGCAUAUAUGCAUACAGAUCAUUAUUUCUUUUUAAUGUUUUUAUGUUUUUAAUUUUUGUCCAUAAUGAUGCAAUACACAUACAUUUAGUCAUUGUAGCAUGUUGUCUAUUUGUAGCCUCUGGAAUGUAUGUAUAUACACAGAAUUUGUAAAUGUUAAUGGUAUUAAAAUGUUCAUACCAGAUAUAAAAAGAGUUCCUAAUUGAUAUGCUGGUGUAAAAAAAAAAAAGAUUUACAGUUUCAAACAUGGCGGUAAAUUUAUUUUAUUUAAAAUAAAACACACACAUUACAGGUUCUAUCUUUGUGAGGACCUACGUCACAUGUUUAUAGCACAACCUUAUCCACAGUCACUAAAAGCCAAUCUUUUCACUCUUUCAUAUAAAAUUAUUAAAAUGUUUUUUAUCCUUUUGUGAGGUGAUUAAGAGAACAUUUGAAAAUGCGUCAGAAUUUUAAGUGUUAUAGACAAAAGUAUUGGGACACCUGACCUUUCCAGCCAUAUGUCAUUCUUCCCCAAACUAUUAGCACAUCAUUACAGGCACAGUUUAAACUGAAUGUCUUUGGAUGCUGCAGAAUGAAAUUUUUCCUUCACCUGAACUUGUGAGACUCAAACCUGUUCCAUGACAAUGCUCUUGUGCAUAAAGCCAGCUCCAUAAAAAAUCUGCUUUGCUUGGAGUGGAAGAUCUUCUCUAUAGAGGUCCAACCUUAUUGAACACCUUUAGAUAAAUUGGAAUGGACCACAAUGAACUGAACAUAAACAUGAAUAUUCAGGCGAAUUGAAAUGUUGUUGAAUUGAAUAUUAUCGUUUCCCCCUCGAG